UCGAGAAAACGAAGCGUGAACGAAGCAAUCUAAAAAUCAAAAAUAACCCUGUUACUGUUGCAAAUGAUAUAAAAAUCUUUAAAGAUUCAACAAAGUUACUAUCUUACCUUUUGGCAAGAGCACAUCCCAUAACCUGUUCCUAUCCAACCGGCAAGAUUUCGUCCAAAAUGCAGGGCGUGAGUGCUCCGCGCGAGCAAAACCAGCCCGUGCUCAGCACAAGCUCUACCAUCCUCAACAUGAGAGAGAAAGAGAAGUACAUCGAGGACUUCGACUUCCCCUUUUGUGACGAGUCUUCUAAAUACGAAAAAGUGGCCAAAAUCGGCCAGGGAACGUUUGGAGAAGUGUUCAAAGCGCGAGCGAGGAAUAGCAGUAAAAAGUUUGUUGCCAUGAAAAAGGUUUUAAUGGACAACGAGAAAGAAGGUUUCCCGAUCACGGCUUUACGUGAAAUUAAGAUCCUACAGCUUUUGAAGCACGAAAACGUUGUAAACUUGAUAGAAAUCUGCAGAACAAAAGCCACAUUGCACAAUAAAUACAGGUCAACAUUUUACUUAGUUUUCGACUUCUGCGAGCACGAUUUGGCGGGUCUUCUCUCGAAUGUUAACGUGAAAUUCAGUUUAGGAGAGAUCAAGAAGGUGAUGCAACAGUUGCUCAACGGUUUAUACUACAUUCACAGCAAUAAAAUACUUCACAGAGAUAUGAAAGCCGCUAAUGUGUUAAUAACUAAGAAUGGUAUAUUGAAACUGGCAGAUUUCGGUCUAGCAAGAGCCUUCAGUGUGGCCAAGUCUGGACAGGUUAAUAAGUACACAAACAGAGUGGUUACAUUGUGGUAUAGACCUCCAGAACUUUUAUUGGGUGACCGCAACUACGGUCCACCGGUGGACAUGUGGGGCGCCGGCUGCAUCAUGGCGGAGAUGUGGACACGCUCGCCUAUCAUGCAGGGUUCCACAGAGCAGCAACAACUCCUGCUGAUCUCGCAGCUGUGCGGCUCCUGCACCCCGGACGUGUGGCCCGGCGUGGAGGCGCUCGACCUGUACAACAAGAUGGACCUGCCAAAGGGACAGAAGCGGAAGGUUAAGGAGCGACUAAAGCCCUAUGUGAAGGAUCCCUACGGCUGCGAUCUACUCGACAAACUACUGCAGUUGGAUCCCGCUAAAAGGUUCGACGCAGACACGGCGCUAAACCACGACUUCUUCUGGACGGACCCGAUGCCGUGCGACCUGGCCAACAUGCUGGCGCAGCACACGCAGAGCAUGUUCGAGUACCUCGCGCCGCCGAGACGACCAGGCCACCUGCGCCACCACCACCACGUGGCGGGGCAGCCCAAGCCGUCGCAGCCGCAGCAGGAGGAGGGGUACCAGGACAGGGUCUUCUAGGCACCAGCACCACAAGAAUCCACCUUAGGGCUGAUUUUACAAUGGUCAGAUAAACGUUAUCUGAGGAAUAAAAUUGUUGCUGUCACUGUCUAAUACAAAUAUUCAGAUGUGACAGCAUCAGAAUUAUUCCUCAGACAACGUUUAGCUGCCCAUUGAAUAAUCAGCCCUUAAUGACGGAAAGACACUGGGGGUCACUAGCUUCGCAACCUUAUUCAAAUACCGUC